AUGUCUUCACUGCGAUUGACCAUCGAAGACGGCCAGUUUCGCGAUGGCUACGGCAGACAAGUUGUCCUCCGCGGUCUGAACGUCGCCGCCGACGCCAAGCUACCCAGCGAACCCGAUCAGCCCUCCCACGUGGGCGAAGACUUCUUUGACGGCGACAACGUCAAAUUCCACAACCGCCCCUUUCCCAAGGAGGAGGCCCACGAGCACUUCUCGAGGAUAAAGCGCUACGGCUACAACACCAUCCGAUACGUCUUUACGUGGGAGGCCAUCGAGGCCGCCGGCCCGGGACGGUACGAUGAGGAAUGGAUCCAGCACACGAUCGAGAUCUUGAGGAUAGCGAAAGAGUACGGUUUCUACGUCUUUAUGGAUCCGCAUCAGGAUGUGUGGUCCAGGUAUUGCGGCGGUUCAGGCGCGCCCAUGUGGACCAUCUACGCCUGCGGUCUCAACCCCCAAAGCUUUGCCGCUACCGAGGCUGCGAUCGUACACAAUACCUAUCCCAAGCCCGACGAGUUUCCGAAGAUGAUCUGGUCCACAAACUACUGGCGCCUCGCCGCCGCUACCAUCUUCACCAUGUACUUCGGUGGCAGGGAUUUUGCGCCAAAGUGCAUUAUCAACGGCAUCAACAUCCAAGACUUCCUGCAGGGCCACUUCGUCGCCGCAUGCGCACACCUUGCCAAGAGGAUACACGAGGCGGGCGACCUGGAGAACGAAGUCGUCGUCGGCUGGGAGAGCAUGAACGAGCCGGGAUGUGGGUUGGUGGGAUACGCCGAUCUCAGCAUCAUCCCGAGCGCGCAGAAACUCAAGAAGGGCUCCUGCCCAACCAUUUGGCAAACCAUUCUUACGGGGUCUGGUCGCGCCUGCGAGGUUGAGACUUGGGAUAUGGGUGGUAUGGGGCCUUACAAGGUCGGUCGCUCACUGAUCGACCCCCACGGCGAGAUUGCCUGGUUGCCAGCCGAUUACGACGACUCAAGAUACGGAUGGAAGCGAGACGAGGGAUGGAAGCUGGGAGAGUGCAUCUGGGCUCAACACGGCAUCUGGGACCCCAAGACCGAUACGCUGCUUAAAAAGGACUACUUUUCGAAGAACCCCAAUACGGGAAAGACGAUCGACCACCCGGAGUUUACUAACACCUAUUUCAUGCACUCGUACCGCCUGUACAGAGAUGCGCUUCGACCUAUCCACAAGAACUGCAUCAUGUUGAUGCAGUACCCGACCCUAGAGCUCCCACCACAGAUUAAGGGCACCGAGGACGACGAUCCGCUCAUGGGAUUCUCGCCGCAUUGGUACGAUGGUAUUACGUUGAUGACGAAGCGUUGGAACAGAGUGUGGAAUGUCGACGUCGUUGGUGUGUUGCGAGGGCGAUACUGGCAUGAGGCCUUGUCGGUCAAGGUUGGAGAAACUGCUAUCCGCAACUGCUUCAAAGACCAGUUGGCGUCGUUGCGGCAGGAGGGCCUGGACCGAAUGGGCAAGCACCCCUGUGUCAUGACAGAAUUCGGAAUUCCGUACGACAUGGGUAACAAGAAGGCGUAUAAGACGGGCGACUACACGGAUCAGUCACUGGCUUUGGACGCAAACUACUUUGGAGCAGAAGGUUCUGGUAUGGAGGGUCACUGUCUAUGGGUUUACGUGGCAAAGAACACACAUCAACACGGCGAUCUAUGGAACGGCGAGGAUCUCUCUGUAUUCUCAUUAGAUGACAAGACAUUGCCAAUGUCGCCUCUUCCCCGCAGCCCAGAACCCAACCAGUCCUCGGACAACCCACGCAACUCCAUAAGCAGGGACGUCCCCGACGAGACCAAGGUCACGCCCGAGAACCUCCAGAGAACCAUCACCAACCCCUCCAUCUCAACCGAGCCGACCAAAGACCCGGCGCUCACCAACGCCCCGGGCCUCCGCGCCGCCGAAGCCUUCGUGCGGCCCUCCCCCGUCGUCGUCUCCGGCGACGUGCUGCAGUACGGCUUCGACCUCCGCAGCUGCACCUUCAACCUAAAACUCCGCGCCGCCGCGCCGCCCUCGGACCCGGCCCCGACGGUCGUUUUCCUGCCCGAGUUCCACUUCCCGCAGGACCACUGCCAAGUGGAGGUAUCGUCCGGCAAGUGGGCCAUCAGCAUGGACGACGACGAGGGACCUCUGGUGCAGAAGCUGAAGUGGUGGCACGGCGACGGCGAGCAGACCCUCAAGGUCAGCGGUCUCGUCAGGCAGCACAACAUCACGGAGGGCUCGGAGGAGGAUAUGGGGUACCUCGAGCAGUGCCAGAAGAAUUACGCCAACUGCAACGUUAUGUAA